AUUCAAUUCGCCGACCUCAACGCUUCAGACUCUGACAUGAUUAACUCGAGAGUGGUAUUGUUACAGGUGGCGUUAUGGGGUUGCGCACUCGGAUGGGGACACGUGGCACCGUUAGCCCUGGUCGGUGAGAAGCCUCUUUCCGUCGCAAGUACGACAGUACAAGUACCGCUCGUCCUGGUGCCGAGGGAUGACCUCACAUUGUAUUCAAACGUCCACAUAAAUGCCGUCUCUAGAACGCAGCCGUUAGUCAGUUGUAGUCUCAACUCCUACACGCUGGAAGCCACCCCGGCAGUUCGAGUAUUCUUGAAGCAGCCGAUCGUCGUCCAGAACGAGCACGCUUUAUUGCCUUUCCCGGCGCAGAUCAGCGUCCUCCACGAAGGUCUUCGUAUGUCCAUCCCAGUCGGGGCACUGAUCGCCCCUGUUCCGGUUGGCGUCGAAGGACCCCAAGUGAUUCGCGUCAUGUACGCGAUUCCGACAGCUCCCCUUCGACUCAAUUAUCCAUUCUACGGACCUGUGCCUUAUCCAUUCAGACCCGACUAUGUAGACAGUGCUUACGGCUUGAAGCCAAACAGGCCGGCAGGUUCACCAGCGAGGCCAGACAAACCCGCGAACCAGUUUAACGAACUCCUGGGCAACAAGAAGCCUUCGGGUCCGCUAGUCACCGUCCUCGACUUCCCGAGUGAAAUCGCCAGCCCGCAGACGCUCUACUACCAGCCACCUGUCGAGUCCGAACUGGGUAACAGGGGACCUCCAGAGGCUGUGUUUCCAGCCGGAAUUGUCCAAUCUGCCCAGCCUAGACCCUCUCUACAGGUCUUCCUCAACUCGAAGGAGUCACCCCUCCUGCAGUCGUUACGAGACGAGGCCAACCUGAACAAAGAGACACACAGCCACAAUUCAAUCAGCGUAGAAGCCCUUUAAAAAUUAAUAAAAAACAGAACAAAAGUAACAGCCUCCUUUCUUCAAAACGGAGGAGUCGAGACUUCUAAGAUAUUGUACACUAGCAUUUCUGAAUCACUGCCAUACUUUAUAUUUAUGCCUUUGAGAGACAAAAAGAAAAGUUUUAAAGUCUUAGCGUUAUUAAUCUAAACUGCUUAUUUAAAGUAGAAUACUAGCCAGUAAAAAGUUACCAUAUUAUUUUGUAAUAUUAGUAGUUUAUUAUGAAGUUUUUUGUUUAAUUAGCCUUUUGCAAUAUUAAAAAAUAAGUCAAUUUAUAAAUUGCACAUUUAUCGAAAACUGCGUUUACCAAAUUUGUGUUACAAUAAAAAAGUAAUAAUUUAAAAUAUUAUAUAAAUUUUAAACAAAUAGUUGUAAUUUAGAAAUGCAUAUGGCAUCUUUUAUAAAGAUGUAAUUUGAAGUUUUUAAAAAAAUAACUCGAGUGCUCAAUAAUUAACGUAUUAUUUAACGUACUUACUACUGUUCUUAAAUUGAAAAAAAAAAUCAGAAUACAAUUUAAAAAACAAGUAAAAUUUACAUUUGCAAUUCAGAAUGUUAAGGUAUGUAUCUUUCCAGAACAGGCAAAAGAUUUAUAAUUUUGUCAGGAAAGCAUUUUUUUUUAAAUGAAUGUAGAAAUGUCAGUAUUUAUUCGAGAUACAAAUUUACUUUAUUAAUAAAGGGCAGAUCGCCAUUUCUGAA